GGGGAAGGAACAGUUCGCUGAGGCAGGAAGAGGAGACGCGGGCUGUAGUUUUCGCUUCUCGGAGAUAGGAGCGAAUGGCGGAUGCCGUGAUGCUUAAUGGUGACGAGAUGGAGCCGGAGCACCAUCAGCGGACGGAGACCAGCGCGGGCCUCGUCGGGGUGGAGAGUCCUAGAGCUGCCGAGCGCAGCACACAAAAUGGCGGACGCUGUGAGAGCAGUAGCAGUGGGGAGGCGCUGCUGGUGACUGCUGUUGCUGCUGAGGACAAGGUCCCCCCAAACCUCAGCAUCACUGCUAGGAGCAGCCAGCGCAGGAGCAGCAUCUCAACGGCAAAUGAACAACAGCAGCAGCCGCUCAGCAGUCAGCUGGGGGGGCCUCCCCCUCUCCCUAAGCUCCCAGAAGAUCUGCAUGUUAGAAGGAACUUUCACAUUCCCAGGAAGAGCAGAGAAAAGAAAGCACUCUUCCAGCCAGUGGCUGUAGGAUCUCGAGAAUUUGAGGAUAUUGUAAAGAUUCUGCAUUCAUCUUACUUGGAACCAAGUUCAGUGUCCAAUUUUAGUUACAAGAGAGCCAGCUUAGUUCACAGUGAACUGUUGGAAAAGGAAUACACAGAAAAACGCAGAGAACUGAAAUUUGAUGGUCGCCCAGAAAAAGAACUUUCUGAAACCUAUGCCUUUCUGAUGGUUGAUCGACCUCAGAUCCAAAGCAUAUGUGAAAAGGGGUUGCAGGUGGGCCACUCCAAAAUAACAAUUCUCGGCAGUCCUUCCAUGGGUGUAUAUAUCUCCAGGUAUGCUGAUUUAUUGCAGCCUAAUCCUCUGGAAGCUGGAACAACUGGAGAUGUGAUUGUUUUUAAAAUAAUAAAGGGAAAAAUGAAAAGCAUAUAUGACCACAUCGGUAUGAAAGCAAUGGAAUCAACAGUAAAGAGUGCAUUGGAUCCAACACCAAAGCAUGAGUGUCAUGUUUCAAAGAAUGCAAAUAAAGUGACCUCUUUGUUGGCUUAUCGAGCCUACGAACUCACACAGUACUAUUUUUAUGAAUAUGGCUUUGAUGAAAUCAGGAGAAGACCAAGACAUGUAUGUCCUUAUGCUGUCGUGUCAUUUACUUACAAAGAUGAAAUGGUGCCAUUACCAAAACACUUUCCUCCACCAAGAUCAAACAGCUUCAACGCAGAUAGAAUAACAGAUAAAUACAACUAUACAUUAUGGAGGGGACAGCUUUGGAAUAAAGGCAAACUUUUGUGCCACAUUUCCUUGAAAUCAGCAGCACGUCCUUUCCUUCCAUGCAAACUUCCAGAGAAACUGGAGGUUGAAAAAGUUGUGAGCAUUGAUCAACUGAAGAAAAAGAUCUCACCAGCGCUGUUGUACAAAGAAACUUAUGUAGGAGCAAGAGAAGUGUUGAAGAAUGGCAUGUACUGUAGCCUGUACGAAGUUGUGGAAAAGUCCCGUUCUGGUAGUCACUUUGAGAGCUUACUUCACAAACUAGAGAAAGAGAAACUUGUUCUUGUGAAACCACUUCUGGACAGAGGAUUCCUUUUUCUUCUUUCUCCUUGGCAAAUGAUAUCCCCUUAUGACUAUCAAACUGGACGGCCUCGCAUGCUGCAUGCAUUGUUUCUGUUCCCAGAACCUAGAGGUAUAGUGAACCAAGCACAAAGAAGUGUUCCAUUUGGAACACAGAAAAAUUCAGCUACGAUGCACGAAAAUCAGGAAAUCUUCCCAGAAUUCACAAAGUUUAUUCAGUCUCUACAUUUUGCUUUAAUCCAGUCUCGUAAAGACACUACUGCAGAUUUCAAUGCUGUUGUGGAAAAGUAUAUACAUGAGUAUUUGAAAAGAGGCUGUAGUAUGUCUGGAAAAUAUAGAGAAUUUAUAUUGUAUCGGUAUGAAUCACGGCUGGAUGAAAAAAAAUUUCUUUAUUCUGCUCCAAGAAAUAAAUCUCAUAUUGACAGUUCCUUGCAAAACUAUAUUUUUGGUUGUGAGGCAUAUCAGCUACCUGUUUCUAGAGCUAUGGAACUGAUGGGAGGAAAUCAGAAAUAUCAGCAGUUCAGUCCCAUCUCAGAUUAUGAAGUCGCAGAAGACUCUGAUUUUGCCAAUGCAAGAAUAAGGAAAAGAAUCCGUGCAAAGUAUGAAGCCAGGAGAAAACUGUCUCAGUUUGGAGAUUAUGAUCCUGAUAGACUCAAAGAACUUAUUAACUUAAUCCAGAGCAGGAAAAAAAACACAAGUGGAGAUUCUGAUUCUGAAGACCCUAGAAGUAGAAGCAGUCUGAAAAGGAAGCUGGAAAAACAGUCUGGAAACUUGAGGAAAUACUUAAAAAUGUGUGAAUCGGCAGAGAAUACUUGUCAGUAUGAAGGGGGCAGAACAACCUUGGACUCGCCACAUGCUGUUUUCUCAAUUGGACAUGAUCCUGACUUGAGGCAGCAAGAUGUACCCGACCCUGCUGUUGCUGACCCACACGGCCUCAUUAAACUGCUUUUAGAAACACUGUCCAGUGCAGGACACUUGGAUUCAUCAUUGGCACGGUCUGUAAAUCAAACUUUAGGACUAAGCAGUGAUGAAGAGGAUAUGAGACAAAAAUAUGAGUACGAAUCCAUUCCAGCACAGGACAGAGAUGAUCAUGAGCUUCAUAAUACUGCUCAGGCUGAAAAUCUUCACUUUAAGGACCCACAGAGCCCAGGGAUACUGGAAACUGAUGUGGCAUGCUUACCCUACCCUGUUGAUGUGGAUCUACACCUUUCAGCUAAUGAAGUAGGCCUUGAACAGACACUACCUUUAAAAGAAACAAGCACUGGAAGUGUGAGUAGUUAUGAAGACUGCAGUCCCUGUACUGCUACACCUAUGGAGCAUGUUCAUCCCAGCCAGCGUUCCAACUCAAAUAACGUAGAAGUUGGAAUGCACUGGAAACUUAUUCCAAUUACAGGUCUGAAAUCACCAGAAGAACCACUGGUGUAUUUACCGCCAAAGGAUGCCUUUCCUAAUGACCCCCGGGUAAUAAAUAGACAGAGAAGUUCUGAUUACCAGUUUCCGUACUCUCCAUUUUCAGACACACAAAAGGGGACAACAGAAGAUGAGCUUUAUGCAAGACAAGUGGAGAAACUGGAAGAUCAGUGUGGGCUAGCAGACCACCCUUUUGCAACUAAGCAUUCCAUUAGUGCAGUUAUAGAGAAUACACUGUUAGAAGAAUAUAAUCUCUUUGCAAGAAAGAUUCAAGAAAUUUUGCAGCAAAAGAAUAUCAGCUAUGUUAGUGGUAUAUCCACACCAGUCUUCUCUGCCCAGGAGAGGAUAAUGAGACUUUCCGAAUACAUCUGUUUACAGGCAUCGGAGGUUUCUGUCCAAGAAUAUGUAGAGACACUGAAUGAAAAGCUGCAUAGUGUUAUUUUGUCAUCUUCAUGCAUUAGGCAAACCCCUCUGGUUGGUUCUAGUCCUGAACCAGCAGAAGUGGUCAGAAACGCUGCACUGAACCCUCCGCCCAACACAGUGCCCGUUUGCAGGGACUCUGACACAGCGGCGCUCCCAGAGCUGUUGUGUAAUAACGCAGUGGAAGAUGGGGAUUCUAGCGAGCAGCGUGCAUCAAGCUUGCCCGUAGUGAAGGAGGAAGUAGAUCACGUGAACGCUAGAACAGAGGACAUGGUGACAUGUGAUGAGCAGACCUCUUCCAGCGGUGAUCAGACAGAGAUGCCAGAAAAGACACAGAAAUCCCCAGACAACUUCAACAUUUCAACCCAACCAGCCUUUUCUGAUUUCAUAAGCCAGUUAAAACCUGAAGUUUUUAGCAGUUUGGUUAAAAUUAUUAAAGAUGUACAGAAAAACACUGUGAAAUUUUAUAUUCAUGAAGAGGAGGAAAGUGUUCUCUGUAAAGAAAUCAAGGAAUAUCUCACAAAGUUAGGUAACACCGAGUGCCAUCCAGAACAGUUCCUUAAAAGAAGAGCUGAUUUGGAUAAACUGUUGAUUAUCAUCCAAAAUGAAGACAUCGCCAACCUCAUCCAUAAGAUACCUGGCCUAGUAACUUUGAAGAGGCUUUCCUGUGUCAGCUUUGCGGGUGUCGAUAGCCUGGAUGAUGUGAAAAAUCACACUUACAAUGAGUUGUUUGUAUCUGGUGGUUUUGUUGUGUCAGACGAAUCUGUCCUUAAUCCGGAGUCCAUCUCUACAGAUAAACUAAAACAGUUCUUAAAAUUCCUGGAGGAGCUCAAUACCCCAGAUGGGAAAUGGCAGUGGAAGGUCCACUGCAAAAUACAAAAGAAACUUAAAGAGCUGGGGAGGAUGAAUGCCAAUGCCCUGAGCCUGCUGAGCCUUCUGAACACCUACCAAAAGCAGCACUUGGUUGAGAUUCUGUCCUACCAUAAUUGUGAUUCUCAGACUCGAAAUGCCCCAGAACUGGACUGUCUCAUCAGGCUUCAGGCUCAAAACAUACAGCAGAGACAUGUUGUUUUCUUAACAGAAAAGAAUCUCAAACCACUUUCGAUUUAUGUUGAUAAUGGAAUAGUGGUUGCUGCUGUUGAUGACUUCAUGCACAAUUUUAAAAGCCUCGUUGGGUAUCACAGCUCAGUCACUGAGGAGAACAGCCUUUCUCCCACUGACACACACAGAACCCAAUCAGAAAAUGUAGAAAAUGAUGUAAAGGAUGAGGAGGACAUGUCUCUGGAUUCAGGGGACGAAACAGCACAAAUAGAAAUCUGCAGUGAUGUUCAUCAUGUGGCAACUGUGCAGGCAAAGGCCAAGGGUGCAGACUGCAGAGAAAGCAGUCUGACAGUUACAGAGUUACCUCCUGCAGCACCAGCUGCCCUGUUGCAAAAGACUUCUAAAGUUGACUUGGAAGAGAUAAAGCCAAUGACUCCAGUUUCUACAACAUGCUCUACUGAAGGAGAGAACCACAGUUCGGCUGAACAAGCUCCUUUCAGUAAUUUCCAGGUUUACAGCACACAGUUAAACAUGUCCCACCAGUUCAGUCACUUUAAUGUUCUCACUCAUCAGACUUUUCUGGGAACAUACCCCAUCUCAUCUGCAAAUCAAAACCAAGAAGGGGGCAACUAUUUUCUAUCUGCGUACAGUCAGAGUGUGGAUACAGAAAAGUCAUCAUCGCCUGGUGGCUGGGAUGCAAGUUGUGAUUCUUCCAGAUCAUAAUCAAACCAGAAAUAAACUCCCAAGUCUCUUUUUGUAAGUCGCUGUGGACGUUUCUGUUUCUAAAAUGGUUGGUUAACAAUUUCUAUUCUGGAACAAAACGUUUCUUGUGCUUGUUCUCAAAUGUUUUCUUGUCUUGUUUAAAGCCUGAGGGCCUGUACCUGUUGGAAGCAUCUGAAGAUUGAAAUAAAUAUAUUUCCUAGCAUUA